AUGGCACCUGUGCGGCUCAAAGGGAGAGCCGGGAGGCCACGGACCUGCUGUAUCCUGGUUCGCUCAGAACUAUUGUUUGACAACUUCAAGAAACUGGAAAGACCGCAACGGACUCCUUUGGCAACUUUCCACUCAAAUAAAGAAAUAUCAGAUCACCCGGAACAGAAGAGGCGACAACUGCUCCUCAGUUUUAGCCUUCAGGACACAGAUUCUUAAACAUGCGUCUGUUCCUGCGCCGGCGUAUGUCCCCCCUUAAGCUGGUGCUCCUUGGGGGGACUCUCUUCAUGGUGGCCUUAGUGGUCCUCCAGAGGGAUGUUGGCUCUUCGCCUGCUGGUGACCCCUGGUUUCAGGAGCUGGUGGACAAGAGGGACAAGGUGAUCGGACUGGUCCGAGAGGCCGUCAACAACAUUGGCUUCCAGAUCGGAGCCCCACAGCCACCACCAGUACAGGAGCAGCCCACCCAGGACGUCAACUGCCCCUCUGGAUUCUACACUCAGGCUGAGCUCAAACCUCACCUGGAGAGACCACCUCAGGACCCCAACGGCCCUGGGGCUGAUGGGAAGGCAUUUCACAAAGACCACAUGUCCCCAGAGGAGGAGAAGGAGAAGGAGGAGGGUAUGACACGGCACUGUUUCAACCAGUUUGCCAGCGACCACAUCUCGCUCAGCCGUAGUCUUGGGGAUGACACGAGGCCUCCAGAGUGCGUGGAUAGGAAGUUUCGACGCUGUCCUCCUCUGCCUACCACCAGUGUUAUAAUUGUCUUCCACAAUGAGGCUUGGUCCACCCUCCUCAGGACGGUCUACAGCGUCCUGCACACAUCUCCUGCUAUGCUUCUCAAAGAGAUCAUCUUGGUAGAUGACGCCAGUGUUGCAGAGCACCUGAAGAGCCAACUGGAGGAAUAUGUGCGUCCACUGAAGAUUGUUCGUGUAGUGAGGCAGCUGGAGAGGAAGGGCCUCAUCACUGCCAGGCUGCUGGGUGCCAGUAUUGCUCAGGGCGAAGUGCUAACCUUUCUCGACGCACACUGUGAGUGUUUCCAUGGUUGGCUAGAGCCCCUGUUGGCCCGCAUUGUUGAGGAGCCCACUGCUGUGGUUAGUCCUGAGAUCACCACCAUUGACCUCAACAGCUUUCAGUUCAACAAACCUGUGGCUACUAACCGCGCUUUCAACCGAGGUAACUUUGACUGGAGCCUGACAUUCGGCUGGGAGCCAAUCCCCGAGGAUGCGAGGAAACUGCGCAAGGAUGAAACGUACCCUGUAAAAACACCUACUUUUGCCGGCGGUCUUUUCUCAAUCUCGAAGAAGUACUUUGAACACAUUGGAACAUACGAUGACAAGAUGGAGAUCUGGGGCGGUGAAAAUGUGGAGAUGUCUUUCAGGGUGUGGCAGUGUGGGGGUCAACUAGAGAUCAUCCCUUGUUCUGUAGUGGGCCAUGUUUUCCGCACCAAGAGCCCCCACACCUUCCCCAAGGGCACAGAGGUCAUCACUCGCAACCAGGUGCGCCUAGCUGAGGUCUGGAUGGACGACUACAAGAAUAUCUACUAUCGCCGCAACAACAAUGCUGCAGUGAUGGCCAAGGAGAAUAAGUAUGGGGACAUCUCUGAUCGUCUAAAUCUGAGAGAGAGGCUUCAUUGCAAGAACUUCACCUGGUACUUAAACACAAUCUACCCAGAAGCCUUCAUUCCAGACUUGACCCCAGAAAAAUUCGGAGCAAUUAGAAACUCAGGAUCUAAAACCUGUCUGGAUGUUGGAGAGAACAACCAGGGAGGUAAACCUUUGAUCAUGUACCAGUGUCACGACAUGGGAGGCAACCAGUACUUUGAAUACUCAUCCCAUAAGGAGCUGCGACAUAACAUUGGAAAGCAGCUGUGUCUUCAUGCUGCACCCCAGUCGGAGCAAGUAAAGAUCGAGCUAUGCCAGCGGAAGGGGAAGGGCACCAGUUUGCCACCACAACAGGAGUGGGUCUUUACAGAGGAAAAUCUUCUGAAGAAUCCCAGUAGUGGGCAAUGUUUACAGCUGAAAGGAGACAAGAUUCAGAUGGACCCCUGUAAUGCUGCUGACCUCUACCAGCACUGGACCUUGAGCUGACCUCCCUGCCUGCCCAUCAGGUGACCUCUGGCACCUUGUGUCCCCUUCAUCAGACUCCGGUCCGGGGAGCCAACUCAACAGUGAUCCAAACGAGCUUUCAUGCUGCGGAGCUUGGGGCAUUUGGCCAUACUGAGUUGACAGUUAAAGAUGGAGGACAAAGUGAAAACAGUCACAUCUGUUGAAGACGUUCAGAUUGGCUUUAACUUGUUUUAAGUUUAUUUAUGAUGGGAACUCCUGAAAGACAUUUGAAGGUGGUUGGGGAUUAUCUAAAAGAGUUUGGACUUUGCAUUCAGGAGUGGCUGCUUGACUGUGGGACAAUGGCUGUCAGUUGCAAUGAUCCUAAUGUAAUGAAUGUUCACUCCAGCUUGGAUAAUCACUAUUUAGUGACCUUUUUUCUGACAAUGAUUGUGACAAUAUGCACAAGUUUUAAGAGUAAGAGAUGUCUGUUUUUUAAAUAAAAAUUCUACUUUGUUGUGUCAGAAA